AUGAUCCCGGAUAUCUGCGCUGAGUUGAACAACACCUCGGCCGACAACUUCGCUUGCAUAAUCACUGCUCUAAAGGACCCGUCGCUCCUCAAGAUGGCAGAGGCCUCCGGGCUGGCCAGGCUGGACAGCUUCCUGGCGAGCAUAUUCGCCGAAUGGGACACCUAUUCAACCAUCAUCACGACCACAAUCGUCGUCUUUCUCGCAUACUCUUUAUACUCUCUGAGAGACCCGGAUGUUCACCCUUACAUCCUCGCUCGACAGGCCACCGAGGCUCCCAUCAGACAGCCUGGCCAAUCGGCUGCUUUCAGGAACCUCGAGGUCCCUCAUGGGUUCCCCUUGAAGACUGGCCUCAAUGUAAAGGAUCCCCAGGCUCCAAAGUGGACCGGUGGACGAAACGGUGAUCUACGGGACAUUUGGAGCCAAGCUGUCCGUGGUACAACGGGCGAGGACGGAAUCACUGCUGGACAGCGCGGCAAGCUAUAUAGCGUCCUGGGAAAGAAUGUUAUCGAGCAUAACAUAGAUGACAUCACGGCCGAGAUCAACGUUAUCGGUAGACAUAUUCGCGAUUCGGAGGCCAAGGUUGUCGCUAUCAGUUUAUCCGACUCUGUUGAACUGUUGGCUUCACUAUUUGCUUGUGCCUUCUAUGGCUUCCAGACAGUACUAAUUCCGCACAAUCUGGAGCCGAAGCAGCUAGGAAGUCACCUCAAAAAGGUUCAGGCGCAGUUGCUGAUUGCGGAAGCCGGUGCAGUUGAUCUCACGGUCGUUACAACAGGAAACGAGCAGCUGAAAAGUGUAGUGUGGGUUGCAAAGGAGGGCAGCAGACACAUGGAUUGGAAUGAAGUUCCAGCAGAAAUUGCAGGCAAUCUCAAAGUCGCUGUUUGGCAUGAACUGGUCCAGGAGAAGAAGAACCUGGAGGAUACAGAAGUUCCUGUCUAUGAGCCCAAGUCCGCGACCCCUUCUAUAACUGCUCUGUGGCCAACAUCUGGAGAGUUCAUUGAGUAUAAGCCUCAGAAUAUUGUAUCCGCAGUUGGUGCACUUCUCAGCUCGCUACCGAGACAACAACGAUUGAACCCCAGUGACGUGGUUCUUCCCAUAGACUCGCUCAUUCGCCCCUAUCCCUUAGCCUGGAUACUGGUUGCUCUUUACUCAAAUUCAUCAAUUGCUUUUAACUCCGUCGCGGGCGAGGGGGCCGACUUCGCGCUUGCGACAGUUGGCAUAUCGCCAAGUGUGGUUGUGUCCUCAGCACGCACAAUUGCAGACUAUCAGAAGAAGUUUAUGAAACCUCACACAGGUCCUCUUUCAGCCCUCGGUCGCUCGGUCCAGGCUCGCGCACUUGAUGCCGGCAGGAUGCCAUCACAGAAUGUGCUUAGUCGACUGGCUAACAUCGGUCCGACUGCUGAACUGUCCAUUUCAAAACUGCGAUUGCUUGCUAUUUCAUACGGCGUGGAUGGUUCCCCAGAGGACCUUCUCAGCUCAGAGCAAUUGACGGAUCUUCGAGUCUUCACUGGGGCCCGCGUCGUAUAUGGCCUGACCGUGCCUGGUAUUGCUGGUGCCGUCGCUCAGACACAUAUAUUUGAUUACAGAAGACACGCCGGACCCGCGCAUUUUGGUCCUCCAUUGAGCAGCGUAGAGAUUGUCCUUGACGGACACUCCGAGGACUCCGGCAUCGAGCGAGCCGUUGAAGGACAGGUAGAUUUUAUCCCCAGCUAUAUCCGUAUAUGUAACCCGGCUAAUGUUUAA